AUGAGGACAGUCACAGUCGUGGUUCUGGUGGCUUUAAUCGCCGUGGGGAUGGACAUGGCCUGGGCUCUGAGAUCUCCCAGAGGCCAAGAGAAACCUGGAGCCUGUCCUAAGGUGCGCCCCGGAAAUGUCGGGAUUUGUGUGGAAAGGUGUUCUGGAGAUAACUCCUGUCCCAAGAAAAUGAAGUGCUGCAGCAAUGGGUGUGGUCACGUCUGCAUGCAGCCUGUCUUCUACUGUUUCCGGAGCCUUGGAGGUCGUGAUAGAGAUGUCUCAUUUAGUCAAGAACAUUCAACAGUCAACUAUUCUCAGCACUUUGAUGAGUUUUGA